AUGGCUCCCGAUAAGAAAAUUUCAAAGCGCAAGGCUGCGCCUGUCGCCGCCGACUCUCCCGCCAAAAAAACUAAGAAGGCCGAGGCCAAGACCGAAGCACCCAAGGCGGAUGCUCCCAAGUCCAAGGCGGACAAGCCUGAGUCUACUCGUCAGAUGAGGCCUCGCAAGCGUGCUGCCGACUUCCUCACCGAUGAGGAGACCGAAAAGCCUGCGCCUGCCGUGAAGGCUGACAAGAAGACCGAGAAGAAGGCUGCCGAGAAGCCUGCUGCUAAGAAGUCUAAGAAGGAGGAGACUAAGGCCUCUCCCGCUGCUAAGAAGGCCGCACCCAAGAAGGCUGCCGCUAAGAAGACCGAGAAGAAGACCGAGCCCGUCGAAUCUGAAGAUGAGGAGGAGGCCGAGGUCCCUGCCGUGACCAUUGACGAAGAGUCUGGUUCCGAGGGCGAGGAUGACCAGACUGCCAACCUGAUCAAGGGCUUCGAGAGCAGCGAUGACGAGGACGAUUCCGGUGAAGGCUACAAGGAGGGCGAGCCCAUCCCCAAGGCCCCCGAUACCAAGAAGGCUGAGCGCAAGCUUGCAAAGGCCCUCGCGAAGGAGCUGAAGAAGAACGGACCCCCGAGGAGCCCGGUACCUCGCAUUCCUCACGGUUUCUACGAGCACCAGAUGAAGGCUUACUUCUCUCAAUUCGGUGAUAUCACCCGUCUCCGUCUCUCUCGCAACCGCCACACCGGUCGCUCCAAGCACUACGCCUUCAUUGAGUUCUCCUCCACCACUGUCGCCAAGAUUGUCGCCGAGACCAUGGACAACUACCUCAUGUACGGCCACAUCGUCAAGUGCAAGUUCGUUCCCAAGGAGCAGCUCCACGCCGAGGUCUUCAAGGGCGCCAACCGCCGCUUCAAGGUCACUCCCUGGAACCGCAUUGAGAAGAAGCGUCUUGAGAAGGGCAAGACCCGUGAGCAAUGGACCAAGAGCAACGAGGCCGAGCAGAAGAAGCGUCUGGCCAAGGCCAAGAAGCUCAAGGCUCUGGGCUACGAGCUCCCUCUUCCUCAGCUGAGGAGUGUCGACGAUGUCCCUGUUCAGGACGUCACCAAGGCUAUUGAGGGCGAGACCGAGCUUGUCAAGGCCAUCGAGCCUGCUGUUGAGGAGCCCAAGGCUGUUGAGGCUGCCCCUACCGAUGAUACCCCCAAGAAGACCAAGAAGGGCAAGAACACUGAAGAGAAGGAGGUGGUAGAGUCACCGGCUGCCAAGUCGCCUGCUGCUAAGAAGGGCAAGGCUACCAAGAAGGCUGCUAAGAAGGUCAAGGCCUAG